CCAGGCCAGAGCUGGUCCUGCUGGAAGGCCUCUGCAUCCUCAGCAUCCUCAGCAUCCAUAGCAUCCAUAUCAGUCAAUCGUCUUUAUUGAGCGCUUACUGUGUGCAGAGCACUGUACUAAGCGCUUGGGAAUCCACAGACCUCCUGAGGGCUUGGGGGGACCAUGCACCCCGCUUUCCAGUGUGUUUUUCUUUUGCAGGCCCUGGCCCUCCUCCUGCAGGGCGGCCAGGGGCAAAAGGAGGCCGGAGGGGCGAAGGAGGUGGAAAUCGAAGUGGUCCAUCAGCCCCAGCACUGCGCCAACAGAAGCAAGAAGGGAGACCUACUGAACGCCCACUAUGACGGUUACCUGGCCCAGGACGGCUCCAAGUUCUACUGCAGCCGGACCCAAAAUGAAGGCCACCCAAAAUGGUUUGUUCUUGGAGUUGGACAAGUAAUUAAAGGGUUAGACAUUGCUAUGAUGGGCAUGUGUCCUGGAGAAAAACGGAAAGUGACAAUCCCCCCGUCACUUGCAUAUGGAAAUGAAGGCUAUGCCCAAGGCAACAUUCCACCCAACGCCACGUUGAUCUUUGAUAUCGAACUUUAUGCUGUGACCAAAGGGCCGCGGAGUCUCGAAACGUUUAAUCAGAUCGACUUGGACAGCGACAAGAAGCUCUCUAAAACCGAGAUCAAUCACUACUUGAAGAAAGAAUUUGAGAAGGAUGACAAGCCGCGCGACCAGUCGUACCAUGAUUCAGUUUUGGAAGAUAUUUUUAAGAAGAACGAUCAUGAUGGUGAUGGCUUUAUUUCAUCCAAGGAAUACAAUGUCUAUCAACACGAUGAGCUAUAGCAGCAGGGCCUUGCGGAUCUAGGAGUCAGGAGAGAUCAGGCAAUCAGGAAGAAGAAUGGCAGUGCCAUUGCUGGCUCAGGCCAGGGGUGUAUUCCGUUCCCAACCAUUGGCAACAGGAUUCAGAAAAUGAGGUAAUUGAUAAGACCACACAUCCUGACAUUUGAGAACGUACUAAUAUUACGGUCCUAACUGCCCCAUUCCAUCUCUGACUUGUAGUGACCCAUUUUGAACUACUCAUCAUCCAUGAAUCAAUCAGUGGUAUUUAUCGAGUGCUUAGUUUAGGCAGAGCACUGUACUAAGCAUUUGGGAGAGUACAGCAUAACAGAGUUGGUAGAUAACGAUCCUUGCCCACAGCAAGCAAAUCUACACCAACCCCUCUUGAGCUUACUGAACCCCUCUUUUUGGCCUGUACAACUUCCCGUGGGAAUGAAUUCCAUCUGCUUCUCACCCACUCGGUGAAGGAGUGGGUAGUUUCUUCUCCUGGUGAAA